CCCUGUCCGGUCCGGGUUCGCUUGCCUCGUCAGCGUCCGCGUUUUUCCCGGCCCCCCCCAACCCCCCCGGACAGGACGCCCCUUGAGCUCGCCCCUCAGCUGCCACCAUGAGCGACCCAGAUCACUCCAUGGAUGACAUGACCGCGGUGGUGAAGAUUGAAAAAGGAGCUGGCAGUGGUGGCAGUAACGGGGGCAAUGGCAAUGGCGGCGGGGCCUUUACUCAGGCUCGGAGCAGCAGUACAGGCAGCAGCAGCAGUAGCAGUGGAGGAGGAGGAGGUGGCGGCGGGCAGGAAUCCCAGCCAUCCCCCUUGGCUCUGCUGGCAGCAACUUGCAGCAGAAUUGAGUCACCCAAUGAGAACAGCAACAACUCCCAGGGCCCAAGCCAGUCAGGGGGCCCAGGUGAGCUCGACCUCACAGCCACACAACUUUCACAGGGUGCCAAUGGCUGGCAGAUCAUCUCUUCCUCCUCUGGGGCUACCCCUACCUCAAAGGAACAACAGAGUGGCAGCAAUUCCAAUGGCAGCGAGUCUUCCAAGAAUCGCGCGGUCUCUGGCAGCCAGUACGUAGUGGCUGCCACCCCCAACUUACAGAACCAGCAGGUGCUGACAGGACUGCCAGGGGUGAUGUCUAACAUUCAGUAUCAAGUGAUCCCCCAGUUCCAGACCGUUGAUGGGCAGCAGCUGCAGUUCGCCGCCACUGGGGCCCAAGUGCAGCAGGACGGCUCCGGGCAAAUACAGAUCAUCCCGGGUGCAAACCAACAGAUCAUCACGAACCGUGGCAGCGGAGGCAACAUCAUCGCUGCGAUGCCAAACCUGCUCCAGCAGGCUGUCCCGCUCCAAGGGCUAACCAAUAAUGUGCUCUCAGGACAAACUCAGUAUGUGACCAAUGUACCCGUGGCCCUGAAUGGGAACAUCACCUUGCUACCUGUCAACAGCGUUUCUGCAGCCACCCUGACUCCCAGCUCUCAGGCAGUCACCAUCAGCAGCUCUGGGUCCCAGGAGAGCGGCUCCCAGCCCGUCACCUCAGGGACUACGACCAUCAGUUCGGCCAGUCUGGUGUCCUCACAAGCCAGCUCCAGCUCCUUUUUCACCAAUGCAAACAGCUACUCGACAACGACUACCACCAGCAACAUGGGAAUUAUGAACUUCACCACCAGCAGCUCAUCAGGGACCAACUCUCAGGGCCAGACGCCGCAGAGAGUCAGCGGGCUGCAGGGCUCCGACACGCUCAACAUGCAGCAGAACCAGACGUCCGGAGGCUCCUUGCAGGCGGGUCCGCAGAAAGAGGGUGAGCAAAACCAGCAACCACAGCAACAGAUCCUUAUCCAGCCUCAGCUGGUUCAAGGGGGACAGGCCCUGCAGGCCCUCCAGGCCACGCCAUUGUCAGGGCAGACCUUCACCACUCAAGCCAUCUCCCAGGAAACCCUCCAGAACCUCCAACUUCAGGCUGUUCCCAACUCCGGCCCCAUCAUCAUUCGGACACCCACAGUAGGCCCCAACGGACAGGUCAGCUGGCAGACACUUCAGGUGCAGAACCUCCAAGUUCAGAACCCGCAGGCCCAGACAAUCACCUUGGCCCCGAUGCAGGGCGUCUCCUUGGGGCAGACCAGCAGCAGCAACACCACCCUGACCCCCAUUGCCUCAGCUGCCUCCAUCCCUGCCGGCACAGUCACUGUGAAUGCUGCCCAGCUCUCCUCCAUGCCAGGCCUGCAGACCAUUAACCUCAGUGCGUUGGGCACUUCGGGGAUCCAGGUGCACCAGCUGCCAGCGCUGCCACUGGCCAUAGCAAACACCCCAGGUGAUCAUGGCGCUCAGCUUGGCCUCCAUGGUGCGGGGGGCGAUGGCAUGCAUGACGAUGCAGCAGGUGGAGAGGAGGGUGAGAACAGCCCCGAUCCUCAGCCUCAGGCUGGCCGCAGGACUCGGCGGGAAGCGUGCACCUGUCCCUACUGCAAGGACAGCGAAGGAAGGAGCUCUGGGGAUCCUGGCAAGAAGAAACAACACAUUUGCCACAUUCAAGGCUGUGGCAAAGUGUACGGCAAGACUUCACACCUACGGGCACAUUUGCGCUGGCAUACAGGCGAAAGACCAUUCAUGUGUACCUGGUCCUACUGUGGGAAACGCUUCACACGUUCGGAUGAACUUCAGAGGCACAAACGCACACACACAGGUGAAAAGAAAUUUGCCUGCCCUGAGUGUCCUAAGCGCUUUAUGAGGAGUGACCAUCUGUCAAAGCAUAUCAAGACCCACCAGAAUAAGAAGGCAGGCCCUGGCGUAGCCCUGAGUGUGGGGAGUGUGGGCUCUUUGCCCCUGGACGCUGCGGCAGGCUCAGAAGGCAGUGGUACUGCCACCCCCUCAGCCCUUAUUACCACCAAUAUGGUCGCCAUGGAGGCCAUCUGUCCAGAGGGCAUUGCCCGUCUUGCCAACAGUGGCAUCAACGUCAUGCAGGUGGCGGAUCUGCAGUCCAUUAAUAUCAGUGGCAAUGGCUUCUGAGAUGAGGCACCCCGGGGCCAGAGACACACGGGCCAUACCCAUCAACCCUGGGAUGCAAGGUAGCAUGGGUCCAAGAGGCGCGUGGGAGAGCGAACCAUGAGGCAUUAAACUGCAUGGUGUUAGGAAAAAUGGGGCAAAGAAAACAAGAGAAGAGAUGGGGAACCCACCUCUGUAUCAUCAGUGCCUUUUUGAAGGCGGGAAAUGUUAGUGAACAUUCUGUUGCUGCCACCCUUGGAUGAGUGUUGGACCCUGGUUUCUUUUUCCUCUUCUCACCCCAGCCUCUUCUUCCUACAUUGCCCUUUUCAGCUCUCUCAUGAUGGAUCCCCCCACCCUUUCCUAAAGCCAUCAUGCCUUGAUAAAUAUAUAUGAUCAUUGAAAUACUUUUUAACAAAAAACAGAUUCUAUAUUAUAUAUAUAUAAAUAUAUAUAAAAAGAUAUAUAAAGAUACAUUCACAGGGGUUGGCUGGGAGGAGGAAGGAGACCAUUGUGUGACCAAUACGCCUUGGUCAUAUUUUUUAUAUAUAUAUAUAUAUAUUGCCUUAUUUUCUGUGGCUGAGCCUUGUUUUGACACAUCAAGCUUUUCUAUGGAUGUUGUCUUGGCUUCCCACCAGAUUCAGCGUUCCUAUCUUAAACUUUUAGUUUAAUUAUACAAACAUAAUGUUUUCCCAUUCUUAAUUUUAUCUUUUUAUUUGGGAUCAGCUUCUUGCACUCCUUUCCUUGAUUGAACCGUCUCUGUCUCCCCUUCUCUCAGCCGGUCACUUCAUACUUUGUUUUUUAUAAUGAUCCCUGGAUGAGGCACUUCUGUCAGUCUUUUUAAAGACGUUAGUUCCAACAGCAGAAUGGAAAACCGUUUACACUCGCUCUGAUGCUUGAGGUAGCUGUGGUGGGAGUAUACAAAAUAUGCUACUGACGCAGGCACCUUCUUGGCGCCAGAGAGUCAACUGCAGCUCCUCUCUUGAUUAGAAUCAGAAGCCCUUCUGUGGAUUGAACAAGAGAGGCUUCAAAGGUGAUUGUCUAAGAUCAGUUUGUAUAACCUGUGGGGAAAAAAAAAAUUGGGGGUCAAAUAAUACUAAGUAGAGGCUUUCAAUAGGGAAGAAAGUUCAGGAGAGGAAGUGAUGCGUAGUAGCCAGACUCAUGAGUUGUGGGGAGCAUUUGGACUUGGGUACCAUUGUCUUCCAGGGCAACAUUAAGCCUUGAUGUGUGAGCUUCCAAGUUCAGAAUCAGAAAGGAAACAUCCUUCCUCCUGAGCACCCUGAUGAAUUUCUUUUCCACUGUGUUGUGAAGGGGUAUUAGCCAGUGAAUGUGUUCCAGGUUUCCAUUCUGCAGAACUCCAGAGCAGGUCCUAAGAGGCAAGACAGUUGUUCUUAAGGUCUUUUCCCCAAACUCUUUCUUGUCAUGUACUUGGCUGGUUCCUAGGGGGAAAAGAAGCAUAUGAUCAAGGGAAUGAUAGCCCAGAACAAAAAGAAAUCUUGUCUUACCACUGGUCCAUAAAAGAGAUGAGGGGAGAGAUCAUCCUACUUUCUCUGUGGCCUGAUUCCAGAAGAGACUGAUCCAAAAAUUAUAGCGGCAGGGAACUCUUAGUGCGUUGGGCCCUGAGAGGUGAACGCAGCCAUGGUUGUCCUCAAGGCCCAGCCAGUAAAAAGCAUUGUCUCUCUUGACCUUCUGGUAUCUGUCGGAGAGCUUUUCACUGUGAGGAAGUAUGGAAACGGCUGUGUGGUAUGCGUGUAAUCUGUUAGGUUGGGGAUAGGGUUUUUGUUUUUGUUUUUGUUUUUUAGCUAAUAUGAAAAGAGACCUGCAAUAAAAAAAAAAUACCCUGAUCUGAUAGAAAGUGAAAUGUUUCUGUAUGAUUGUGUGUGUGAAUGUGGGUUUGUUCCUGUAUAUAUCUACAUACAGAUGAGAAAUUAUAUUUGAAAUUGUUGGAAAAUAAAUCACAUUCAGAUCAAAUGCCUUUCAGGCCCAUUACCUAGAAAUCUGCCUUGAGACGUGGGUGUGCUCCUGAGGGAAUCUCUCUGCUUUUGCUAAAUCAUUUACAAUUGUGAACCGGGGAUAUUCUACUGCACUUUUUAAAGAAGGAACUAUUUUUGUGUUUCAAAGUGAAACCAACAUUCAGAGCUAUAGCAGAGUCUUGUUCUUAUCUUUUUUUUUUUUUUUUUUAAAUCUUGGCUACAAAAGGUGAUGCUAUGAUCCUACUAUAUAUUUUAUAUAAAAGACACCCACAUUAGGCUUUGAGUAAGUUUGUGUUGUUUAACCCGAAAUACAAUAACUGUUAAUACCGUAAACAAUAGUUCACUCUUUUCUCUGCAGACUUCCUAGAACACUCAGGAACUAUUGUAAGGAACUUUACCCAGUUCAAAUUCAAUUAGUGCCAGCCACUCUCAUGCCCUUGAUUCCCACUGAAAGGCGGGACUCAGACCUGUCGUCUUCCGUCUGUAAUCAUGUACUGGGUCAUAGUGUGGGGGAAAGGAGCAGGGCCAGCAGGAGUGAGCAGUAUUCAAGGAAUGGAAUCUUCUUCAGUAUGACAUGACAAGUUCUAAACUAGCUUAAUGAUGUGAAAGACUAUAAGCCUUUAGGUUAUUUGAUAAUGUGUCUUGAAUGAGAAGCUGCUGGUCUACCGUCGGCCCCCUUCAGUAGCAUUACUGGGAGUGACUUGACAGCCAGUUCUUUGCACUUGCUCUAUGACCUCCUUAUUACUGAGGAAGCUUCAUGUCCAGUACCUUCCCUGGCCCCUUUUGUCUUCCUGCGGUGAGUGAGUCAUUUAGUCUUUUCCCAUCAGAAGUUAAAAGGCUACGUUCUUCAGAAUCGGGAGCUUGCUCUUUAAAUCCCCUCUCCUACAGCUUUGGGCCAGCAGAAAUGAACUGAUGUGCUUAUUGAUUUUCAAAUUGUUUUUGCAUGAGAUUUUUUUUUAAUGACCAAACCUCACACAGUGCGGGGGAUGCCCAGAAAAGCGGUGGAGGGAGUCACUGGCUCCCUCAUCCGUGCAGGUUUUCCAGUCAUUUGCUUCUUUGAUUUUUCUCACUUUUUACCCAGUAAGAUGUGUAACAACUCACACCUUCAUCUUUCAGGAACCUUCUAGCCUGCACUCUGUGUGUGGGUGCUACUCAGAAUGCAAUUUAAUGGGUUGUUUUUCAGCUUGGUUUUAAUAAAUAAAUAGUACUUUUGAUCCCAGCAAGUGUAGUCUGAAGUGUGGGCAUAAAGAUUAUGAUUGUGGGAAGGGUGGAGACAAAAGCUGUAAAUUACUAUGGCUGAUUUAUUUCUACUAUAUACAUAUAUAUAUUUUUUGCUUUUGUAUAUCCUAUAUAGGAAAUUAAGCGUAUUUUUUUAACAAAUCUGAGAAAGCACUAUGAACUGCAGGUGUUCUACUUUCAGAGUAUAUUUUGUAUUGUUAAUAUCUUCACAUUGUGUGAAUACUGGAAGCUGCAGAUCUUUGCUAGAACGCAAUAAAUUUAUAUACUUUUUAAGGGGGUUCUUCUGGGGGUGCUAAUCAGGCCCCUGUUGUGCUUUAGGGGAGCCCUGGUGCUAUUUGCUUAAGAGUUUUCCUUCAAUUUGAAGUGCCCUGAUGCCUUUUGAACCGUGGGGUCAGGUCAGAAUAAUUUUGGAGAUCAGGUACCCAGAGAGAGGAGGGACAAUUGAAGCUAGCACCAAGUGAAGGGUCCCUUUGUGUAACUCUUCUUCCUUCUAGUAGAAGCUGGGCGGCUUCUGGGAGUUGGGAGGAGAGAUGUGAAAUCUCAGAGCUUCAUCUUCACUUUGCAGAGAGUCUGUAACUUAGGCACAAGGAUGAAAGGUGGCAGCAGUAGUUUGGGGCAAAGGGAGGAGGAUAUGGCACUUCUCCAGCCCCGGAAACGUUGCCUUUGAAAACUGCUGAUAAAAGAUAGGCAGGUUAUUACUUUAGUUUGGGAGACUCUGUUCUCUCUCUGGUUCCUCUCUUGGCUGUCGUCUGGGGCACGCGAGUGGGGGGACAACAGCCGACCUUGCUGGGAGGAUAGCAGGCCAGCUUUGAGGUUGACCUGACUUUUUUGUUUUUCCUCUGUCUGCCUUCCCUAAACAACAGCCCCCUGGAAAACAUCAAGCAGCCAUAGGCUUCAAUUUCUUUUCCCCCUUCCAGAUUUGGCUCACUUGCCUUAGAUUAAAAAUUGGGAAAAGAAACAAAGGGGAAUCCAUUGCUUCAUUUCUCCCCUCGAUCUUUUCUACUCUGACCUUCCCAAACUGCAGAAGACCUUUUUUUCUUCCACAAUUUCGUGUAAAAGCGGGGAAUUUCAUCCUUUCUUCAGUAUAAAAGAGCCCCAGCCUUCUUGGUUUGUGCGGAGUUGAAGUGUGUUGAUUUGUCUUCCCAAGUCCCAGCACAGUAUCAGAAAAGGAAAAAAACAAAGAAAAAAAUGUAAAAGGAGGGUGUUAGGCUGAGGCUACAUGUAGUGAAGAUUGUUCAAGCCUCCCCUGGAGUCUGUGUUUUCCACUAUUUUGUCUUCAGGAAUUACACUGUGCCUUCUCCACGGGGAAGUGGGCUUGCUCUACCCAGUCUUCCCUUUGCAGUAACUGCUCUUGACAACAUGGACAAAGGCAGGUCUUCAUCCUCCUCAGGAUCCCUGCUGCCCACUGACAUCCCUCCCAUAGUCCUGUUGUAGAGUCUUAGGACACAAAGAUUUUGGGGAGAACAAUGCUGAGGUGAACUGAAGGAGAUCCCUUCUCCAUACACACCCAGGGCCUGCCCCCUCUUUCCAAACCAAGUCUGUCGUCCUCGGGGUGAGGGGUAGUGUUCCAAUCUCUGGUGCCUAAAACAAGUUAAUUUUUCUCUUAAUACUGGCAAUAACCAGCCUGCACACCACUGUGGCCUUUUCCUGAGAAUCUCACACUGUGCUUGUUACUGGUUUCAGUCCAGUUAUCACCAGGGCUGUGUGGGUAAAUUCAUUAAAAUGCUCCCUCAUCCUGCUCUUCCCUCCCAUACUCAUGGGUAUGACGAUGCUAACCUGUGACCUUUCUCUUUCCUCCUCCUCCUCUUGUAUCUUACUUUCUUGUCUCUUCCCCCUUACCUCACCUUUUGUC